AUGGCAUGCAAUGCGGCGCAGAAUAUUGGAGCAAAUAUCGAAGAAACAGCAAAUAAAAUUGAAAGAAGCUCUCCAUUGAUUAAGGAAAAAGCAGAGGCAAGUGAUGAAGACAGUCGACAACCAGAGGAGGCUGCAGAAAGUGAUUCAGAACAAACCAACAAACCUGCAACAUUUGCUGCUCCUUCACAAAUUGAAUCUUCACAAGAGAAUAUGGAUCGCAUUGAGGGUGAGGGCAAGAAAAUCACACUUGAUCAACAAGCACUACAAAAAACAGACGCUGAUAUGCAUCUUGAUGAUUCACAAAAGAAUGCUGAAGCAAGUGUUGUAGAAACAUCAGAUAAAGUGGCAGUGUCAAUUCCAUCAACUCCUACCACUGAAACGAGCUCUCCAUUGAUCCCUUCAAUCUCUACUCCCAUGAAGCCUCAAAUAGCAACUUCAAGUAUUGAAACAAAAGCAGAGGGCUCACAAUCGGACCAUUUAGAUAUUUCCAUCACUGAAUCUGCACAGGAUGAAAAUAAGGUCACUCAAGCAGGGACUUGCACGCCUCAUGUAUCUAAGCAGCUUGAGAAUGAUGAUUUAAUGAUAUUAUUCCAAAUAAUGGAGGAAGGUGCUGACAUGGAAGUUCACAUGCCUUGUGCGUCAAAAAUUACCGCUCAUGAAGAUGAUAGUGAGGUAACCAAGGCUCUUGCUGACUUGGAAGCCUCAAUGAAGAUGGGUCUGAAUGAAAUAGCUGGCUCUGAAGAAAGCAAACUUUGCCUUGAGAAUGCUCUCAACACCUUGUCCUCUCAUUGUUCUGAUGAUGGCCUAAAAGCUAUAAUACACUCUUUGCAACAAGAAAUCCACACUGUUCUAUCUUCCUUCAUGCUUGAACAUAAACAGAAGCUAAUGACUGAACAGCGUUUGCAACGAAAAGGAGCAGCCAUGGCUCUUUUAUCUGAAAUUCAGAAGACGCAGAAUUCUAUGGUUGAGGCUCAAACAAGGGCAGUAGAUUUGAGAAAGCAAAUCUUUAAGUUGCAGACUGAACUAGAUAGCAAAGAAAAUGAAAUCAAAGAGUGUGACAACAAAUUGUUGUCUCUUGAAAAGCAAAAGAAGGAAAGUGUUUCGGACACCAUUGAAUUCAUAAAGGAGUUGGAAGCAGUGAAGAAAGAGAGGUCUCACCUGGAGAAUGUGGAUUCUAAGUGGUCUUCUUGUUUAGCCAAUUUGAAGAAAACCUCGUUGCUGUUAGGGGUUCAUCUUAAACAAAAACUUUGACUAUGUGAGACCGCCAUUUAAAUUUCCAAAAAAAUUGUU